CGCCACUCCGAGAGGAGGCACUGUUUGUUGAGGGAGCCCUUUCCUCUGAAUCGCUUCCGCGACCACCGAGAUCAGACCGUUACCGGUCAUUUUAUCAUAAAUGCAAACAAUGGGCAAGAAGCAUAAAAAACACAAGUCCGAAAAACAUGGAUAUGAAGAGAGGCCACUAAAGCUAGUGCUAAAAGUGUCUGGAAACGAAGUGACUACCGGAAGCUCAAGUCUGGAUACGUUUUACGACGAGCAGUCGACAGACCACGACAAACCUAAAGACAAGAAAAAGAAAAAGAAGAAAGAUAAAGAAAGGAGCUUUGGCUCACCUGAGGACGACAAGGGAAAGAAGAAGUAUGAGUUGUUUUCUGGUAUUUUAGAUGACAAAAAAAAAGAAAGGACACGAUGGAGAUGGAGAGGACGACAGAGAACAAUGCAGAACUCCCAUCCGCUCGGAGCUGGAUAAACUGGAGGCAGAGAAAGAGCAGACUCCCCUGCAGGAAGCUCUGUACCAGCUCAUCAGGCAGCUCCAAAGGAAAGACCCAAGUGCAUUCUUCUCAUUUCCUGUGACAGACCUCAUCGCUCCAGGCUAUUCCUCAAUUAUCAAGCGUCCAAUGGACUUCAGUACAAUGAAGGACAAAGUAAAGAAAGAGUUCUACCAGUCAUUGGAUGAACUCAAGGUGGAUUUUAGGAUAAUGUGUGAAAACGCCAUGAUUUACAACAAACCGGAGACUAUUUACCACAAAGCUGCACGCAAACUGUUGCACUCUGGAAUGAAAAUUCUGAGCCAGGAGAGACUCGAGAGUCUGAAGCAGAGCAUCUCUUUUAUGUCUGGACUGGAUCUGUCUACUGACCCACCAGGGAAGUCUGGAGAGCAAAGAAGAAGCAGUCUGGACCAGAAGAGUGAGGGACUCAUCAAACUAGACACCAGCUCAGAGACACCGAGUACAUCCAGACAGGACAAAGACUCCAAGGACGAAGCGUCAAAGGCAGAGAAGGAGCUGGAGGAUAUCCGGAAGGUCAUCAAGGACUCUGGAGGAAAGCUGUCAAACAGACUCCUGCAGGAUGAACUGGGAUUUACGAGGCAAAAGUCUGACGGCUCCACUACUUUGGCAAUUCUCAACCCAGCUGAGCUGUCAGCAGGAGAUGUUGGCUACUGUCCUGUGAAGCUGGGAAUGAUGUCCACUCGGCUACAGACUGGUGUGAACUCUCUGCAGAUCUUUAGAGAGGACAAGAGGAACAGAAUCACUCCAGUGUCCUACAUGAACUACGGGCCGUUCACCUCCUACGCCCCCACUUACGACUCCAGCUUCUCCAACAUCAGCAAAGAUGAGUCCGACCUCGUCUACUCCUUUUACGGAGAAGAGUCCAGCCUGCAGGGAUCAGACAGCUUGUCGGACUUCCUGGACAAAUCUGAUGAGUAUGUGUACAAAAUGGCAGACAAUCUUCUGGAUGCAAUGACAAAAGGAGAGCAUUCAAAAACUCUGAUGGAGGCGCAGUCGCAGGCUCAGGAUCCAGAAAACCAAGCAGAGAAGAAGUCUGACAGCGAGGUGACUGACCCUGGACAUCACUCCCUGACCUCUACUGAGGCUCUGCAGAUGGUCCCUGAACUUUCAGGAGAGGCCCUGAACUUCCAGCACAAACUGGAUGAGACGACAAAGCUGUUGCUGAACCUGCAGGAAGCUCAGAGGGAACGUCUGAGCAUCAAACAACCUCCAAACAUGAUCUACCUACUGGCCCCGACAGCCAAGGAGAUGGAGCUGUCCGAGAAGGUGACGGGGAAUCUGGCCGAGCUGACUGGUCAGGUGGCUCCCUGUGACGUCAGCAGCCUCUACGGCAUCAGGAAAGCCAUGGGCAUCACCAUCUGUCCAGAACCUUCAGAACCCUUUAUGGACCUGACUACAGUGGAGACGGUUGAAGCCAUGGACGUCACGUGUCAGGAUGCUGCUCCUGCUGUGGCUGUUAAAUAAAACCUUCAACCCUUUCAUCAUUUAGUUUCAUCACUUAAGUUUUGUACAAAAGUUGUUGUGUUGUUUUGUUUGUGUUUUUCAAUCAAUAAACGUUUUAUAUCCAA